GGGAGGAGGAGCCGCUGCCGGUGGAGGUGACCGGGGCCAUGCGGCUGCCGAGCGCGGCCGCGCUGGUGAUGCUGGUGAGAGCGGAGGGUUGGGGGGGGCUCCGCCGGUUCCAGGCCCCCCCGGGCUGGGUUCGGGUCCCAUUGAUGCGGAGGAGCUCGGGCUCUGCGCAGCCGGUGGUGGCCGCGAAGGAGCCGUUCGCGGUGGAGCUGCAGGCGGGCAGGACGUACGCGUGGUGCUCCUGCGGGCACAGCAAGCGCCAGCCGUUCUGCGACGGUGCCCACAAGACGGCGGCGCCGGGACUGGCCCCGCUGCGCUUCACCCCGGAGGAGGACGCGAGGGUCUGGCUCUGCGGCUGCAAACGCACCCGGACCCCCCCGUACUGCGACGGCACCCACAAAGGGGAGGCGGUGCAGGGGGCUCCGCUGCCCCCCCGGCUCUGACCCCCUGCUCCGCGCUCGGGAUGAUCGGUGUGGAUAAACGGGAGAUGCUGAGCUCCCAUCGCUGGGAGGGGGCAGCAGCUUUGCCUUCAGCCCCACUGAGGAAUAACCCAAUGGAUAACGGGACAACCGGGUUGGGAAGGACCUUUAAAACCAUCACAUUACCCAGCACUGAGCCUUAUUGAACCUCAUACAAUCAGCCCCAUUGAUCCAGAUCCGUGCACAGAGCCUUCCUCCCCUCCGGCACAUCAAGGCUCUCACCCAACAGAGUGUGCACUUGAUCCCCUCAUGCAGCUCAUCAUUAAAGAAGCCUGGCCCCACUACCAAGCCCUGGGGUUGCAGGAUGCAGGAACCGGGUGGCUGCAGCUGUGCAGGCCGAUGGAGGGAAGGACAGUUCUGCAGCAUUUAUUACAUUUACAAAGCUGUAUAGUUAUACAAAUGUUUAACCAAUAACAAUAUAUGAAUAUCCGAAUAUAUUACAAGACAUUAAAACGUCGCACAGGAUGCAGA